ACAUCAUUAAGAGCUCUGUAUACUGAGCUAUUGAAUGUGUUCCCAGGGCUGCAACACAGUUGCUGUCUGUCAUUAUUGGCAUGGCAUCGUUUGUGCUGCUUAACCUGCUGUCUAUGAAAAAUGUCUACCAGCUGUGUCAAUGGGCAGCCUGGCUCUGUGCCUUGUUUGUACUGUUCACAGCUGCCAAACUUUAUCUGAAGCGGAGGGAACUGAUUGCCGUGUUUAGACAUUUCCCAGGUCCCAGCCGUCACUGGCUCUAUGGCAAUGCACAUGAGUUCCGUCAGGAUGGGAAGGAUUUGGACAAUGUCGUUGAACAUAGUGAAAAUUUUUCAAAUGCUUACCCGAUGUGGCUAGGAAACUUCUUCGCUUCCCUCAUUGUAUAUGAUCCUGACUAUGCAAAGGCCAUUUUGUCAAGGCAAGAUCCAAAGGAUAAUUUUGCAUACUACUUUAUCACUCCGUGGAUUGGGAAGGGUCUCCUGGUUUUGUCUGGACAGAAGUGGUUCCAGCACCGUCGCCUGCUGACCCCUGGUUUUCACUAUGAUGUACUGAAGCCGUAUGUGAAGCUAAUGGGGGACUGCACUAAAGUCAUGCUGGGCAAAUGGGAGCGAUUGGUCCCUGAAAAUAAGCCAAUUGAGCUUUUUCACUUUGUCAGCCUUAUGACCCUGGACACCAUCAUGAAAUGCGCCUUCAGUUAUCAAAGCGACUGCCAGAAUAACAGUGAAAACGCAUACAUCAAAGCAGUUUACGAGCUGUCAUACUUGGUUGAUCACAGAUUCCGCUGCUUCCCGUAUCAUAAUGACCUUAUAUACUAUCUAAGUCCCCACGGAUUGCGCUUUCGAAGAGCACUAAAAGUAGCCCAUCAACACACUGAGAAAGUAAUAAAGCAGAGAAAGGAGUCACUGAAAUAUGAAAAAGAGUUGGAGAAGAUUCAACAAAAGAGACAUUUGGAUUUUCUUGAUAUCCUUCUGUGCGCAAAGGAUGAGAAUGGCCAGGGUCUGUCUGAUGAAGACCUGCGAGCAGAGGUGGACACCUUCAUGUUUGAAGGACACGAUACAACAGCCAGUGGGAUCUCCUGGAUCUUGUACUGUAUGGCCAAGUACCCAGAGCACCAGCAGAAAUGUCGAGAGGAGAUCAGAGAGGUCCUGGGUGACCGAGAUACAGUGGAAUGGGAAGAUUUGGGGAAGCUGACUUAUACAAACCUAUGCAUUAAAGAAAGCCUUCGACUCUAUCCCCCAGUACCAGGGGUAGCACGACAGCUGGCUCAACCAAUCACAUUCCAUGAUGGACGUAGUUUACCAAAAGGUACGGUUGUACUUCUGAGUUUUUAUGCCAUGAACAGAUCAUCCAGACUUUGGAGAGACCCGGAGGUUUUUGAUCCCUUGCGAUUUUCCCCUGAAAAUACAACUGAUAGACAUUCAUAUGCUUUCUUACCAUUCUCAGCUGGAUCCAGGAACUGCAUCGGACAAAACUUUGCAAUGAACGAGAUGAAAGUGGCUGUAGCUCUGACUUUACAGAGAUUUGAUCUGACGUCCGACCCUCAACACGAGCCACUAAAAGUUCCACAGUUGGUCCUACGUUCCAUCAAUGGAGUUCACAUCAACUUAAAGAAGAUAUAAUGAGAAGUAAACAAACACAGAACUAAAAAAA